UAUUUUUGAGACAACGCGUCUGAAGCUAUCUUAAAACGCUGACACAUUCAGCACAAAAUCGCUUGCGUUACGGCGUCAAACAAUAGAGGGGUAAAUCAAUUUAUUAUUUCCGUCUGUGUCUGCUUUAAGCUUUACUGGAAGUUUUCUGAAAGCUGAAAACUCAACGGCUGCUUCAACGAUGCUUCACACGGCUAGGCCAAACGAGGCUCCGAGCGGCGGCUUUUGCUUUGAGAACACCCGGAGAAAUGCUAUGCUGGAGAGCAGUUUGACAGAAAUGGGGUACAGCGCCCCUAAAGCCAGGAAGACUGGGACCACCAUCGCUGGGAUCCUUUUUAAGGAUGGGGUGAUACUGGGAGCAGACACUCGAGCUACUGAUGACAUGGUGGUUGCAGACAAGAACUGCAUGAAGAUCCACUACAUCGCGCCCAGCAUAUACUGCUGCGGGGCCGGUGUGGCCGCCGACGCUGAGAUCACCACCCAGAUGAUGUCAUCCAACGUAGAGCUGCACUCACUCACCACGGGGCGCCCCCCGAUGGUCAUCACGGUGGUCCGGCAGCUGAAGCAGAUGCUGUUUAGGUAUCAGGGCCACAUUGGGUCCUCUCUCAUUGUUGGGGGUGUGGAUGACACUGGCGCCCACCUCUACAGCAUCUACCCCCAUGGCUCCACGGACAAACUGCCCUUCCUCACCAUGGGUUCUGGAGCUGCAGCCGCCAUCUCUGUGUUCGAGGAUCGCUACAGACCCGACAUGGAGCUGGAGGAAGCAAAGCAACUGGUGCGUGAUGCCAUUGCUGCAGGGAUCUUCUGUGACCUCGGCUCCGGCAGCAACGUGGACCUGUGUGUCAUCACCCAAGCAGGGGUGCAGUACCUCAGAGGCUACGACCAGCCUGCUCAGAAGGGGUGCAAGCAGGGCUCGUACAGAUACAAGCCAGGAACCACAGCUGUGUUAACAGAGAAGGUCACCCCUCUUUCCUUGGACAUUGUGGACGAGUCCGUUCAACUGAUGGACACCCAGUGAGACUGUGAGAGAGAGAGAAGCACCCCCCCCUGCUGGAGGUCUUGAAGAGUAGCAGAACAGGUUGAAGGAGAUGCAGGCAAACAGCUAGCCAACCACACAAACACAUACACACAUGCACAUGUGUACAAAUGCAAUAAUUUCCUAGGCAGU